CUCUGUUUUACUCCAGGAAAAGAAUGCUUGGAGCGGCUACGCGCUGACGGACUCCCCCACCUCCAGCCCCGUGUGUCUGUCUGCCCGUGGGCUUCCAGCCAUCUGCUCCCCUGGGUGCACCCUGCACACCUCACACAUGCCUGCCAUCGAGCUGCUGUGAGGCUGGAGACACUGCAAACUUCCCCAGGGCAAGGAAGGAAGAGACGAGGGAUUCACUGGCUUUGUUCCUUCCCCUCCCUCGUCUGCUUGAACUUUUGCAGGAGCACAGGCAGAACUUGCAGCGGACGCCGCGUUCCUCUCUGGGACUAGUGUGAGGUCCUGACGAUGGCGGGGUGCUGCCUGUCUGCCGAGGAGAAGGAGUCCCAGAGGAUUAACGCCGAGAUCGAGCGCCAGCUCCGCAGGGACAAGAGGGAUGCUCGGAGGGAGCUCAAGCUGCUGCUCCUGGGCACUGGUGAGAGUGGGAAAAGCACCUUUAUUAAGCAGAUGAGAAUUAUUCACGGCUCUGGUUACACAGAUGAAGAUCGACGAGGAUUCACAAAGCUGGUUUAUCAAAACAUAUUUACUGCCAUGCAAUCUAUGAUCCGAGCAAUGGACACCCUAAGGAUACAGUACUCUUCCGAGCAAAACAUGGAAAACGCCUUGCUGGUCCGGGAAGUAGAGGUAGAUAAAGUAAACAGUCUGGAACGGAAACACGUAGAAGCAAUUAAAAAACUCUGGGAGGACCCUGGGAUCCAGGAGUGCUAUGAUCGGAGGAGGGAGUACCAGCUGUCAGACUCUGCCAAGUACUACAUCAGUGACAUAGAUCGCGUUUCUGUUAUUGGUUACGUUCCCACCCAGCAAGAUGUACUUCGAGUCAGAGUGCCUACCACUGGAAUCAUUGAGUAUCCCUUCGAUUUAGAGAAUAUUGUUUUUAGGAUGGUGGAUGUCGGUGGCCAAAGAUCCGAAAGAAGGAAGUGGAUUCACUGUUUUGAAAAUGUUACAUCUAUAAUUUUCCUGGUGGCAUUGAGUGAAUACGAUCAGGUUCUUGCAGAGUGCGAUAAUGAGAACCGAAUGGAAGAAAGCAAAGCCCUGUUCAGAACCAUUAUAACCUACCCCUGGUUCCAGAAUUCUUCAGUCAUUCUAUUUCUAAACAAGAAGGAUCUUUUAGAGGAGAAAAUCUUAUUCUCACAUUUAAUCGACUACUUUCCAGAGUUUGCUGGUCCUAAACAAGAUGCCAAAUCAGCUCGGGAAUUUAUUUUGAAGCUCUACCAAGACCAGAACCCUGACAAAGAGAAGGUCAUCUACUCUCAUUUCACCUGCGCCACAGACACAGAGAACAUUCGUUUUGUCUUCGCUGCUGUUAAAGACACUAUCUUACAGCUUAAUCUGAGGGAAUUUAAUCUAGUGUAAAAACUGGACAAUGAAGUUUGUGGAUUAAACGACUGUCUCCUCAAUCAUUCUCCAUUCCCCUCCCCCUUUCUCAAGAGUACAGAGAUGAGAUGCGAUGUUUUCCUACAAACAUAUUGUGUUCUGAUUCUUAAGAAAUGUAAUCGGGAAGAGAGAAGUUAAUUCCCACCCUCCUCCUGAUGUUUACUGUUUUUUAUGUGGUAUACAAACCUUUUAGAUGCCGUUUUUUUUUUUCUUUUUUUUUCUUCCCAUGUGUUGGCCUUUUAUUAUUCUAUUCAAUGUUUUGUAACAAUUGGAUAUGUAGGAGAAUAUUUCAUAGAGUACAAAAUGAAAAAUAGAUGAAAAGUUCCUGUUUUUUUUUAUUAUUAAUACUUAUGUUGUGGUUUACUUCUAACCAGAGUUGCCUUGGCUUUUCGAAGCAACACAACAUUUUUAUUAGACAAUACUUUUUAAUUAUUAUUUUUUAAUAGAUUGGGGUGCUUGACUUUAAUCCUAGAAUGUAUGUUUUUUUUUUUUUUUUUUUUUUCCUUUUUCCCCUCAAGAAGAGUAAAACAUGGCUGCCAUUACGAGAUCCUUCUAUUUCAUUAAAGGAGCCAUAAAACGAAUGAUCGAUUCUCUAUUGCGAUGUUAAUCAAGGAGCGAUGCUUUCCUAUUUCAAUGUAAAACCAAAGAUAGAGUGAAUUGUCAUUGUAAUGAUAUUUGUACAUAUGUAUCUCUUUAUAAAUAAUAUGUAUAUAUAUAUGUAUCUGCAUAUAUACAUAUAUUUUACAUGUUUCUCUUCCAGUAGGGCUGUUUGAAUAUGAAUAAAUUACAUUUUAAAUCAUUUGA